CUCUACCUUAACUAAUUCGUGGUGGAGAAAGAGAAAAAAACGAAUACAUAUUCAUCUUCAUUAUUAUCAUCGUAAUAUUGUUGUGGUCGUUGUCAUUAAGACUUUCCCUGCCACUGCAAAUUUUGUUUUUGCUAUUUUUGGUGAAAGAAAGCAAAAACGGCUACAAGAUGUCGACACGUUCCCAGUUAACUAAGGAUUUAAAUGAAAGCGUUAAAUCCAUAUUGGGACGUCAUACAAAAAUAUUAGUCAAAUAUAUGGUGAAAAUAGAAACAAAAGGUGAUAAAACGGAAAAUCGUGUACUGGUUUUUACACCGUUUCGUAUAUAUUUGCUUAUAGCAAAAGUUCCCACAAAGAUUGAAUGUCAUUUUCAUUAUUUGGACAUACAAGCGGUAGAAAGUAAAAGGCCUUCACAUUUCUGCAUAGUAACGAAUGAUCGUCCGUAUAAUUUUGCUACAACGGGUGAUGCGGGCAAUUUCAGUUCGAACGCCGAUGUAAUCUUAACCGACUUGGCAUCAGCUAUUAAACAAAUCUUCCCCACAGUUCCUUUAAAAUACAUCAUUAGAAAGAUUGAUAUACAACCCCCCGAACGAGAAACAAUAUUUUCAGAAGAAUUUCGUCCCUCUGAUCCCCGCAACGUUGGACCAUGUGGUGGCUUUAGCACACAAUACGCCUGCAUGUGCGAUUUUCAUGGUGUUCCCUAUCGAGAGGAAGUGGCCUGGGAUAUCGAUACCAUUUAUUUAUCACAUGAUACAAGAGUUUUAAAUUUACGUGAUUUCGAUCAUUUAGAACCAAAAGACUUGAUGGCCAUUGUAUCGGCUUUGGAAUAUAAUACAUUUUUUCGGGGUUUAAAAGCAUCACAUAUGCGGCUUUCAAAUGAGACUUUAGAACGCGUAUUACAUGUGCUCAAGCGUUCCAUGUGGCUCGAAGAGUUGCAUUUGGAAGCCUUAGGUUUAAGGUCGGAUUUUCUUCAUAAGUUGGCUGUAUCUGUGAUUACUAAUAAUAAUCCUGCAAUACGUACUAUCGAUUUAAGCCAUAAUCUAAUUGAAGAUAAAGGUGCGAAUUCGUUGUGCGCCCUACUUGGAAAAAUUGUACAAGGUGCAAUACAUUUGGCUGGACCGAUAGCCAAAGUGUCAAAAGGUCUUUGCAAAUUGGCUUUGGCUCAUUGCGGCCUCACAUCGAAAGGUGUCAAUCAAAUGUCACAUUCGCUGUCGCUCAAUCAAAGCAUUUCCAAUUCAUUAACGUAUUUAGAUUUAAGUGGUAAUAAUCUAAAGGAUGAUAUAACUAAUUUACACAAUUUUUUAGCACAACCGAAUGUUUUAGAAUAUUUGGAUCUCUCUUCGACUGAUAUAACCUUAGAAAAUCUAUUUGGUGCCCUUUUACGUGGUUGUGCAACACACUUAUCGCAUCUUAACGUUUCUCACAAUUCAUUUAGCACAAAAAAAGGCAAAGAGAUACCGCCGUCGUUUAAACAAUUCUUUACAAGUACUUUAAGUUUAAAGCAUUUAAAUAUAGCGGGUUGUAAAUUACCUAUGGAAGCGCUCAAAAAUUUAUUGCUCGGUUUGGCGUGCAACGAGUCAACAGCUGGACUGUAUUUAGAUUUAAGUGGGAACACUUUGGGUCCACAAGGAGCCCACGUUUUAGAAUCGUGUAUACAUGGUGUUCGAGUUUUACAAAGUUUAGAUAUUAGUGACAAUAAUUUAGAUGCUGAAUUAGCUCCAGUUUUAACCGCGAUUUCGAAAAAUCCUUCUAUACGCACUUUGUAUAUGUGCCGAAGCUUAACGGGCAUGAAGUUGAAACAUGUACCCACAGUUAUGGAUGCUCUAGUUAAUCUUAUACAAAAAGAUGAUUUCCCUUUGGCCGAAUUAAUUUUAUCGGAGAAUAAACUUAAAAACGAUAUACACGAUUUUAUCAAUGCCUUGGGCAGUAAUCAGAGUUUGCAGAAACUGGAUAUUAGCGGUAAUUACAUGGGUGAUGUGGGGGCUCGUCUUUUAGCGAAAGCUUUGCAAAUUAAUAAUAAAUUGCGUUUCAUUUAUUUGGAUAAGAAUAAUAUAACAUUGCAAGGUUACGCUGAUAUUGUUUAUGCUCUAGAGAACAAUUACAAUAUGCGAGCUAUACCGUUUCCGGUGUUCGAUAUCGCGCCACAUUUGAAAAGUCAUCCCGAUAAAACUGAUGCGAUUAUGCGUAAAAUGCAAGAAUUAUUGCAACGCAAUUGUAACGGACUUAAGCGUACUCCUGGCCAAGGUUUUCGUUUACAGCACGGUUUUAUGUUAUCAUCUACACAUCAAUUGGUUGAUAAAUUGGUGGCCGAAACUCAAGAUACGAUUUCGAUGGCAAAAAGUAGUUGCGAUUCGACCACCUCGUCAAGCGCUGUGCAACGUUUAAUAGACGAUGCGGAAAAUUGUAAACAACUUAUGCCAAAAUUACAAGAAGCUGUACGCUGUGAGACUCAUCCCGUUGAAGUGAAAUUGACACGCAUUGCCAGCGAAUUGAGUUAUACUAUACAAAGCUAUUUGGAAGAAACUUUGGAGACAAUGAUACGUACUGCCGUCGAACAAUGCCCGAAAACAUUGGGCAGCCAAAUGGUUGUACAAGAUUUACGUAAAAUGCUCAGCGAGCGUUUACUAAUACCGGAAGACUUUUUACAAAAUUGCUUAUUAAAUAAUGCUGGCAGUGAAAUUAUGAACCGAGUUAGUGAAAUAGAACAAUCAUUAGCGGCGACUAUCUCAGAUCGUGCCACUGAUGAAGUCUUAGAAGCUUUAACCCGUUAUCGACGCGGUCUUGGCAUCGCUGAUUCUCCAUCGAUUUUAUUAGAUGAGCCACAAACACCUGACAUCGUACGGAGUCGCUCAAGUCAUGACACUGAUGGUAUCGUGAUACGACCAGGACGUGGUUCCAUUUUACCUAAAUUGGGGUUAGAAUCUCCAACAGCGACCCCGCAUAUGCCAACGAAACGGCGUUCAAUGGCUCGCAAGGUGCGUCCACAGUCAGUGGUGGAAAACCUUAGUUUAGGACAUAUACCCGAUUUGUUAGAAUCACCGUCGUCGCAUCGUUCCACGUCACAAAUAUCACGACGUGAUUCUUCAAUCAAUGGCGAUAACAUGAAUAGUAGUCGUGGCGCUUUAGAUGAUGGUGGCGGAGAUGAAUGCUGCGAUUCUAUAACGGAAUUGCCAAGUGCUUCGUUUCAAUUGCAACAUCUAGUCAAAGGACGUCCGAAGCGUGCUAAAACCCGAGCACCCACCCGACCAUUAGUGACUAUUGAAGGCGGCGCUACUAAGGAAAUCGGUGAGGGACUUGAUCAAUUCUUUCGCCCCGGUUCGGUAACACCUACAACCCUUACACCCCUAGUAUCGCCAACUUCGGAGGAAUGCAGUUCGCUAUCGUUUGCCGAUAGUCCCACCAUGAGUCGCAACGGGAACGAUCAUAUGACGUCAGAAGAAACAACGCCGAUAUUAGAGGAACGCAAACCGAUCAAAUUGGAAAGAAGCUCACCUUUAUUACGGGGUGCCGCGUGGGCUACUCGUUCACGUUCAACGGACAACCUAGAGAAAUAUUCACCUUUAGUAGGUCGCAAAUCGCCUCUAGUUAAGAUGCGGGCGGAAAGUGGAGGUGCCAAUCAUAUCGAUGGACCAGAAAUACCAACAGCAGCAGAACGUUUAUUAAAAACUUCAUCGACGCGUGAGGAUAAGCUACGUUCACCCAGCAAUGAUUCAAUAAAGAGUCAUACGGAAGGCAGUAGCGUCAUAAUGAAAACGGGUAAUGGUAUACUACGAACACCGAUUGUUUUGCAAAAGCCAAGACCCUGGUCUGUGGUAGGCAGUAAUGAACAAAAAACAGGAGUAACAAAUAAUUCGUCAUGCGAUUAUCACGGUUCGGAAUCUACUAAAACGACACCCGAAAAAUUGGAAGAAGAAGUUGAAGUCUUGCCUUUUGGCCAAAAUACUGGCGGUUCAAUUGUGGGCAUAACUCCCGGUAUAGCCAUAGCACAAGGCGGAACUGGCGGUGGUAGUAUUGUAGGCAUAACCCCUGGCGCCGCCCUCGGUGAAAAGAAAUCUGUUAGAGAGCUUGCGGCCGGUCUGAAUCGCAUGGAUUUGCCUUUAAAACCAAAAGUCUUGCCACGUUCCCUAUUAACUUCGACAUCGUCAUUAUCAAAAACAAGUGGUAACUUUUCCUCAUCCAUCUCCUCUUCUAUUGCAACAACAUCAUCAUCUGUUAGCACAGCCAUAACAACAUCCACUCAUAUUGUAACAGCAAAAAGUGAUAAUAGCAUGCAAACCUGUACCAGUCAAAGUCACAGAUCAACCAAAAUCACCAGCACUACUGGCAGCACAACGAUUAGCGAAACAGUGAGUGAAACGAACAGAAAAAGUGUUUUCACUGAACUCAAUGGCAGCCAGACAGUGAAUACGAAUGAAACGCUAAAUACUGGAAACAGUAAAAUAGCGAACACUAAUGGCUUCAUAAAUGGAGAAAAACGCUCCAGCAAUGAUGUGAUCACUAAAAGCACGGGUGGUUUUAAACGCAUUGCGGGCAAAGAGAUCUCAGCUUUGUUUGAGGAGACAUUAGUUGAAGGCCUGCAACGCUCCUGCGUACAACGCACAUUUAGAAACAACAAAUACACCAAAGAGGAUAUCGUUGAGAUUUAUAAGUGACAACUAUUCCUCCUCAUUAAAUUACUCUCCCAUUAUAUAUAAUUUCCUUUUUAUUUAUUUCUAUUUAUAUUUUUA